AUGUCAUAUUUAGAAGACUUUGUGAAUAACAUAAGCUUCUUUCCAGCUGAAAUUAUAAGGUCUUUAGAGCUCAUAAGAGAAUUGGACGACAAAGCUCAAACCACUAUGGAUGAAGUCCACAACUGCACAUCAGGCUACUUCUCCAACUUUAAAAAAGAAGGCAACUCUCCAAUCGAAAACACUGAACUCCUCCAAAAAAUUCGCUCAAAGCACCAAGAGUCCCUUAAUUUAUCAGAAGAGAAAAUCUGCAUCAGUAAGCAGAUGCUAGAUAUGCUAGAAAACCAAAUUCAGAAAAUAAAUAUUGAGCUAAACUCCUUUAAAAAAGACUUAAAAGCUGAUGUGAAUGGCGGCGGAGAAGGAAGAGAAGACCCUUAUAAGCGAAGGAAACUUGAAAAAGGAGCCUCGCUUCCUACUAACAUUUAUGAUGACGAGUUGGCCCAACUAGACUUUGAAAGCACUUAUGAUGCAGUGAUGGGAUCUGACAUGAGAGAGCCUGAUAAGAAAUAUUGCUACUGUCAAAAGGAUUCUCCUGAAGAAAUGAUUGGAUGUGAUAAUCCUGGGUGCAAGCGAGAAUGGUUCCACUUUUCGUGUGUAGGGCUUAGCUCAAAGCCUACUGGAACUUGGUAUUGUCCUGACUGUUUAAAAGAAGAACAAAAUUAA